AUGGCAUUCCCACCUGAAGAUAUAGCACAAAUUGUAUUAGAAAUAGCCACAAUAUUACGAACGAGAAAUCAGACAUUGGCAGUUUCUGAAGCUGCUUGUGGUGGAUUGAUAUCAGCAUACUUAGUGUCAGUACCAGGGGCAUCGGAUUUUUAUAUUGGUGGUAAAUUAUUAUAUUCGAUGAAAACAAGAUUAAAACUUUCCGGAUGGUCUGAAAAUGAAAUAAAUAAUUAUAUGGGUCCAAGUGAACAAGUAGCUUUGAAAUUGGCUCGAACAACAAAAUAUGAAUUGGGUUCAACAUUUGUAUUGUCAGAAACUGGAUUUGCUGGUCCUUCAACAGCUUUGCAUUUGAAAAAAGAUGAAGAGACAAAAGAUAAUAAUAAUAAUGAAUCUGGUGUUGUUGAUGCUGAUGGUGUGGGGACAGUGUAUAUAGGAUUAUCGGGUCCCAAUGGUGAUGCUUCAACGAGUUAUCAUACUGGUAAAACUGAUCGAAAUGUAAAUAUGAGCGAAUUUGCAAAAUUAGGUUUACAAUUCUUGCUAGAGCAAUUGCAACAACAACAACAACAAAAAUAA